UCCCACACACAGAUAUUGUGUAUUGUGCUGUAGGGGAGUAGUUGUCCCGCCUCCUGAGUUUAUGGGUGACGGGUCAGUAUUUUUUUUAUGCAACAGAUCUAGACUCGUUCCACUUUUUCAGGGUCACCACAGGACUUGUAAACCAGCAGAGAUGGCAAAUCUGAUGGAAGAUGAGGUAUUUAUGGCUUUCACCACCUACGCUGCUAUUGUCAUUCUUAAGAUGAUGCUGAUGGCGCCCCUGACUGCAUAUUACCGCAUCACCAGAGGGUCCUACGCAAAUGAGGAAGAUGUCAGCAGAAAGUCUGCUGAGGAGAAAAAGAAACUGCUGAAAGCCCACCCAGAUGUCGAGCGAGCUCGAAGGUGUCACCAGAAUGACCUGGAGAAUGUUAUUCCCUUCAUGUUGAUCGGCCUGCUCUACGCUCUGACUGGACCUGAGCUUUCAGCUGCUCUGCUGCACUUCCGUCUGUUUGCUGGCUGUCGGAUCUUUCACACCAUCUCCUACAUCACCGUUCUGCCUCAGCCUAGCAGAGGUUUGUCCUGGAUACUGGGGAUGCUGGUCACCUUCUCCAUGGCUUACAGGGUGCUUAGCACAGUUCUCCUUCUUUAGAGAGUGUAUACCUUAACCUCCUCUCCUACUUCACUUACAUGGAAACAGAAUCUCUCUGUUUCUCCCCUUCACUCUUGCUGUAGCUAUCGAUGAGCUUUAUUAGUAAAUAUUCUUUGCAUUUAUUCUCUGCAUUUCCGUUGGGUGUUGUAAUGGAUGGAAAAUGCCUUUUUAAUAAACUUUUCUAUCAGCUCA